CAAGAUGGCGGCAGGAUUGAAAAGUUGUUGCCGCUGCCGCUGCCGCUGAGUCCGGGCGGGGGCCGGCGGGAGCGCGCGCGGGGCUGGCGGGGCGCGGGCUGGCCAUGGCAGCCCGGUGAGGGAGCGCGCGGCCGCGGGGAUGCCCCCGGGGGGCCGGGGCCGCAGGAGGCAGCAGGAGCCCGGGGCAGCCGCCGCCCCUCACCCGCCGCCUGAGACAUGGAGGAGGAGGGCAAGAAGGGCAAGAAGCCUGGAAUAGUGUCCCCUUUCAAACGCGUCUUCCUGAAAGGCGAAAAAGGUCGGGAUAAAAAGGCCCAGGAAAAGGUUACGGAAAGACGACCUCUUCAUACAGUAUUGCUGACCUUGCCUGAUCGAGUUGAACCAGACAUAUUGCUGAAUGACUACAUUGAAAAGGAAGUCAAGUAUUUAGGCCAACUAACAUCCAUCCCAGGGUACCUGAAUCCCUCCAGUCGUACUGAAAUAUUACAUUUAAUAGACAAUGCAAAGAGGGCACAUCAGCUCCCAGGGCAGCUGACCCAGGAACAUGAUGCUGUGAUUAGUCUGUCUGCCUACAACGUCAAGCUGGUGUGGCGGGAUGGAGAGGAUAUCAUACUCAGGGUCCCCAUCCAUGACAUCGCAUCUGUGUCAUACAUCCGCGAUGACUCCUCACACCUGGUAGUGCUGAAAACAGCUCAGGACCCUGGGAUUUCCCCAAGCCAGAGUCUUUGUGCAGAAAGCUCCAAAGCACUUACUUCAGGAUCGUUGUCUGAGAGUGGAGUGGUACCUGUCGAAGCUUGUUGUUUGGUGGUCCUGGCUACAGAGAACAAAGUAACUGCAGAGGAACUCUGCUCACUUCUCAGCCAAGUCUUCCAGAUCGUUUACACUGAGUCCACGAUAGACUUCUUAGAUAGAGCAAUAUUUGAUGGGGCCUCCACACCAACGCGCCAUAUGUCCCUGCACAGUGAUGACUCUUCAACAAAAGUGGACAUUAAAGAAUCUUACGAAACAGAAGCAAGCACUUUCUCCUUUCCGGAAUCCUCGGAUACAGGCGGCAACUCGCCUUCUUCCUUCUCGACGCCUCAGUCUCCGCACGUUAAGACGGUCAGCGAAAGCGAGCUGAGCACCACGGCAACGGAGCUGCUCCAGGACUACAUGAUGACGCUAAGAACCAAACUCUCUUCUCAAGAGAUCCAGCAGUUUGCAAUGCUCCUGCACGAAUAUCGCAAUGGGGCUUCAAUACACGAAUUCUGCAUCAACCUGAGACAGCUUUAUGGGGACAGUAGGAAAUUCCUGUUACUAGGCCUUAGACCGUUCAUUCCUGAAAAGGACAGCCAACACUUUGAGAACUUCCUAGAAACCAUCGGGGUGAAGGAUGGCCGGGGAAUUAUCACAGACAGUUUCGGGAGGUACAGACGGACUCUGAGCACUACCUCCAAUUCAACGACCAAUGGGAAUGGAGCUGCGGGGAGCUCGGAUGACCAGUCUGCCCCUUCCGAGGGAGACGAGUGGGACCGAAUGAUCUCUGACAUAAGCAAUGACAUUGAAGCUCUUGGCUGCAGCAUGGACCAGGAUUCAUCAUGAGACACAGCUGCGGGAGGGAGGAUGAGAAGACAGCUCCUUUCAAAGGGGCUUUAUUGUUCUCUUUCACCCCCAUGUAGCAAUUGCAGCAACGCUUGCUGCUGUCUUCCUGACCUUCCAGUCUCAAAGAGGCUCCAAGGAUGAAUUGGGAUGUGAUUGUUUUUCCCGCCUUGUCAAUGGCUUCACUGGUGCCCAUUUUGUGAUGGUGGCUGGUGCCCUCUUACUGUGAAGGCAUGUGUGUGUCUUCGUGCAGGUGAGCGUGCUGUGUGAGAGGAAACCCGGGUUGGGUGAUGGAACCGGAGUCCCUUCCUCUGACUUCUUAGAACUUUCUUUGGUUUUGUGUUUUCUUUGCUGGCGUCGCUCUGGAGUGAUGCAACGAAGCUGAGGCAAGAAACUUGCAUUGAGCAGUAACAGCUCACUGGGACCCGAUGGCGGGUUUACAGUUUUGCACAUGAUAUUCCUAUUGUAACUCAGACUCUUUUUUUAAAAUGAAGUUUACCACAAUGUGAAUAAUUUAAACCUAUUGUUGGUGUUGUCGAAACAUUUCUAAUCCGAACCUGAAGGCUGUCUGCUGCGAUACUGACGUGAUUGUUUUGUAGCGAAGGCCAACGUGGGCUGCUCUUCAUUGGUCACAGAGGGAACUCUGCAGAUGUGACCUCUGGGCUGUCCCCUUGCAGGAGGGGAGUCGGUAACCUUGGCCUUUCGCCUCUAGCACUCUGGUUCAAAUUCAGCCCAUAGUGCAGAGUAGGGCACGAGUGUUGGUGCAUUUAGCGCUGUCCUAGUGGACAGUCUAGGUCUAAAACCAAUCCUGCCAUUCAGCAUGGCUGGCAGUCUUUGCUCAGGAAAAACCUAGGACCUGAGGGAAAUAGGAGAUGGAACCACAUUUUUACCUCUAGCAAAGUUAUUGAUUGGGCUAGUGUGUGUGUGCGUGUGCAUGUGUGUGGUGAGAGCUCCUGUUGUGGCUCUUUGUGCUCUCUGGCCUGGGGCUACGUGGAUUCACGUUUCCAGUGCUGCUAGCCCCUUAACCUUCACAAGCACAACUGUUCACUCAGUAAAAGCCGAUCUCAAUCCCAGUCCAGCACAAGUAGACGUGACAGGUUUCCUGCUGCUCCCCAGAGGAGGGCCCCAUGGUGCAUAUAUACCUCCCCAACACCCGUAGCAUCCGUCCUCGCAAGGUGCUUGGGCACCUCCUGCAGGACUGACGCUGUUAGGGAGUUCAGGGCUCUGAGCAUCUAGCAGGAUUGACUCCAACAGAUGGCGGUGAAUUCAGACAUGAAGUGACAAUAAAUUUAUUCUAUUGCUUAGAAUUUCCCCUUUAAGGUUACAAUAACCAGGAAAUUCUCAGCCAGGUUGAGUUCAACAUCAGUAGCUAUUUGCAUGGGGAGUGGAUUUUGGUCACCCUUGAAGGGUGAGAUGGUAACAAGUUAAACUGAUAAAGUAAACUUUCUAUGAAAUUAGUGGGAUGGAUGUAUAGAUAUCUAAUGUACAGGUUGUAUAUAUUAUACAGGCAAUUAUAAAUACACGUAUUUUUUGUAUCUGAAUUCCAUGCCAUAAUAUCUAUAGUGGCCGCUAUAACUGACCUACAAAGGAACAUUUGGUUGAUAUUUCAGCCCUUUCAGUAGCAAAACCCUAUUUGUCCAUGGACUCCAGAGGCUUCUUUCUUCACUUCUUUUUUUUUUUUGAUAUAACUGAAAGUAAAUUAAAAUCCCGUACUGGUGGCUGGGCAUGUCAAGAAUAGGACAUCAAACAGAGCUGGCAUUCUGUUCCCAUGCAUACUUCCACUGAAACAAGAGAUAUCCAAAGUCUAUUUUUCUGUGCUCAAUACAGGACCCUGUGGCACAGUCAUAAACUGACCUGGCUGAGGGAUCUCCUCCUCUUCAAGACAUCAGUUAACUUCACCUGGUUGCAGCAUGCAGUUCUCCUUCCCUACAGUGCUGUUGGCCUGAAACUUCACUGGAAUUCUUUACAUUUUCAGUAACGUCCACUGCCUGAUAUAAGGAAAAAUGCUCAUAGAUUAUGAUCUAAAAAUAAAAAUGAACCAUCUUCUUAGUCAUUCCUUUUUCCUCAGUGUUGGUGAAAUUAAAAGAUAGGACCCUAGGAUGACAAUUUUAAAACCAAAUCCCAAAGGCAAAGCCAUCCACGGUUGGAUGGUUCAAAUUUCAUUUUUUCCGAGCUAGAAUGGUACUGUCCAGUGAAACCAGACGUAAGUGACUAGUAAGGAAUUGACACACAGCAGUGGCUGACGGGGACUUUUGAUAAGAACCGAACUGUGCUUGGAGAAUUUGAGGAUGCUUUGGCGUGGUCUCUGAAGACAGGAAGCUGCUCAAGGAUGGGAUCUGGUAGGGAUUCGUUACAUACCUAAUGUUUGCUUGUGCUUUUAAAAAACCCGUUUGGCAGAGCAUAAACCAUGAAUGCUUUUGGUGAGUUUCUUGCUGCUGAAGUUCCCCAAAUGUCUCUCUCCACCAUGGAAAGAGACAGGCACCACAGAGGUUAUUUUUGCUUUCUAAUCAUGUGAUAAACACAUGCAGCUCUUCCUGCAAAACAAGCCUUUGGCUCUAAAAGGUCAUGGCCCUAGAAACUAGAUGGAAACCAUUCUUAAUCAGCGUGCCCAUCCAAUGUAGCAUUGUUCCCCAAGUACGUUUUGAUUUUUGUCUAGUCCAGUAUUUAGGGAUAUCCCAAGUGGUAUCAAUUAUUGUUCCAGCACUCGCAAGACACUUCUCCCCACCAUUCGAAAGUGUUCCCUGAUUCAGCUAAUUUCCCUCUGCCCCUUCCCCCAUUUGUGUCCCGUUACUCCUUCCAAAAACACCUUAAACUAUUCCUCCACCUUGAUGUUUCUAUCUCUCCAUUACUCAUAGACCAUUAUCACACCCGCCUUCCCCAAGUGCUAUUCAUCUAGCCACGCUAGCUACUCUUAUUUUUUCCCGUGCAUACCAGUCACUUCAGCCCCAGAAUCCUUUCUCUGCUCUUCUCUAACUUCUGGCCUACUUGCAGACCAUCUUUCUGGCCUCGCAGUGCCCAGAACUGAAUGUAGUCUCCGGCAGGCAGCCUUACCAGAGCCUGCUGGCAGAGGCACUAAGAUCUCCCUGGUCAGGGGCAUUCUGAACAUAGGCUACCUUCUGCCUCCAUAUCACACUGCAAGUUCCUGCUGUCCACUAGCAGCCCCGUGUCUCUGGGCCUUACUGCUUUCUAGGGGUUCCCCUCCUGUUGUGCCUCUCCAGUGGGGUUUCCCUCUCUCCCCACAUGUUAGCUUUGCAUUUCAGCAGAUUCAAUCACCUGCCUCCUGCAAAUGCUCUCACUAUGCCUGUGCUGCAAUUAGACACCCGCGGCUGGCCCAUGCUGCCUGAUUUGGGCUCAUGGGUCUCGGGCUGUGGGGCUGUUUAAUUGCAGGGUGCUAGAGCCCAGGGUCCAGCCCAAGCCCACACUGCAGUGAAAUAGCCCUGCAGCCUGGGCCAGCUGCGGGUUUUUAAUCGCAGUGUAGACACCCCCUCACGAAGCACAGCCUGUUUUAAAUAGGGGAGUUGGAGCAGGAAGCACACGGCUGCUCCCUAAGCUGGCUGCCUUCAAUUACUUGGUUUCUGCUACCCUUGGCACUUGGAAUACACAACGGCAUGGGUGUCCUGGAGCCCUGUGACCUACAAGGGGAGGACUGAACCCAUCAGUGGCAGGUUUGUAUUGCUGGGAGUGUCUAACCAACAGGAACAUUCAAGUCACCAAAGAACAUGUCAGAUCUAUUGUGUGCGCUUUUUUAUUUGUAUACAAAAAUGAUGGAGAUCUUGUGUGCAGCAGCUGCAGCUCUUGGGCUCCUGGUUCAUGACCAGUGCUGCCCUCCAUCCUCUCAAAGCUUGGCUGUCCCUGCAUUACAACCACCGCUUGUCUCUCAGCCCCCUCUUCCCAGCACGCACGUGCGUGUGUGUACUUACACACACACACACACGUGUGCACACGGACACAGAGGAGAAAGGAGUGUUGGAAAGAGCUGGAGUAGCACCAUACAAGUGGUCCCGGUGUUGGUGCGCUUUCCCCUCGGACCACAAUCAUUCUCUUUUACGCUGAAAGGAGCAUUUAUUCUGGUGCUUUCCACCUCUCUUUACAAUUGUGUUUUUCUGGGAAAGAAAUGGAUAGGAAAUUGCAAUUUCUGACUGAAUGGUCUGUUUAAGAAUUGAGUUCAAAUACAGUAUUGACUCUGUAUAAUUUUGAGAGGCAGACGAUAUCAAGAAAACCUUCUACAUCUUGACUGCCUAGUACGGUAGUAACCUUGUUUAGGUACGGGGAAGAAAUUGGGUUGUUGCUACACCCUUAAAGCUCUGCUUGUUUUAGCUUAUGUAAUGGUAUUAAGUCUAAAACACUUCUGAAAUGACUUCCUCAUCUUCGUCUUCUGUCAGUUUCCAGGGUUGUUCUUAAUGCAAUUUGGACUAAGUAAAAGCCAUUGCUGAUUUACCUUAGGCUAGUUUUCUGUACAGAAGAGAGCCUUUCUAUUCUUCAGAAACCCUAAGAUGACAGUGACGUGAUUACUUUCUACAUGGAUCAUUCUUACAGUUUCCAUCAACUUAAGAGAGGCUUUCAAACCCAGGAACAUAAAGUUAAAUCCGUAUAUUCUGUAGCCCCCGUUAGGUGCCUGCAUUUUCAGGAAUACUGGGCACCAGAGUUUCCCAUUGACCUCCCCUGGGACUACGGCAUGCACAGCACUCGAAAAGCUUGCCACUUCUUCAGGAGUCUAACUUCCGAUUUUUGAAAAGGUUUGAAAAACAUCAGAGAAGUAAAGGGGAAUUGACAUGAGCUCUUGCAGCAGAGGUAUGCUUUCUCUGCAGAUGGUAAAACGGUCAGGUGACCGAGACUGCAGUGAGAUCUGUCCAGCACAAUAAAAUUGUAGCCUGACAUUUGUCUUGAUGCAGUGUUACAUCAGUACAUGGUAGCAUCAUCAGGUCAUGAUGAUGCGACAGCUUUGUGUAUUGAAGUGAAGCCAGGACAGCAUGUCAGGAUGCCCCAAAUUUGGGACAGUUAAAGUAGCAUCCUGCAAAUUAAAUGUAUAGGACAGAGGAAAACUGAGGCUGCUGUGCCCUGUUGGAUGAAUUCCUGGACAUCUGGCAAGUCCCACAGCAUGCGCCCAAACAACAGAAAAGCAGGCUUCUCUUGCUGUGCACAACUAUGUCUUGAUGUUGGAUUUUCCAAACUGUUCUAUUGGGGAAACAUUUUGACUGGGCCAAUCUAUCUCUGGUGUAACUUUAUUGUCUUCAGUGGAGUUACUCCAUGGAUUAAUAAUUCCCCUCAAUUUUUGUACUAGUUUCCAAGAUUUAGGAUCUUUCAUUCAAAUGUGAUGCUUUUAGAUUCUAAGCUAACUGGAAUAUCAAGAAAUGUGUAUAGCUUUGCCACAGGCCCAAGAGCCAGGCCUCAGUUUCCCCUUUUGACUCUAUAAAUCAGUCCUGACUCACUUUGCCUUCAAUAAUCCCUUAUUCAUGGGAGCUUCAUUCAUUAAUAACCAAUAACUAACUUAAAGAAAUAGUCCCAGGUCUCCAUUUCCUUCUUACCAGAAUUGCCAGUGUCUUCUUGCCUCUUCUCAUCAGAAAACUGCCAGCAGCCCCCCGGCCUUCCCAGACUCAGCUGCUUCACCUCGUCCAUGCUGGGCCUCAGUCUCUACUUGCUCCCUCUAUGGGGUAUGUGUCUCCUGGUCAGUGUGCUCUUCCCCUUGCUGCUCCCUUCCCAGGAGCCAGGCUCAAACUGCAGGUGCCUCUGCUCUUGAGGCAAACACCAGCUCUCUUCCUGGAGCUUCCUGACAGGAGCUCCCCUUCUCACUGUCAAUCUAAGCGCUCAUUCAGGGCUUAUUCCCAGAGAGGCCUAGUCCUCCUCUUGUGGGUUCCUCCAGGCUGCAUCAGCUGCAGGGCUUCUCUAGAGAGCAUCUCCCCUCCCUGGGUGACUUCCUGUUAUACAGUGGUAGUCUCCUCCUAACACAGCUGCUCCAUUUCUAAUCCGUUAAAGGGGCCCCACCUGGAUCACCUCAGGCUCCCAGGUGUUCCCCACAGAGUCGUCAUGGGCCAGCUAGGCCCUGAUACUCCCUGAAGAGCCUCUGGCCCCAUGACAAGCUUCUAAUGUGACCCCUAUGAGAUGGGGAGGGAGGAUUUUUAUAUCCCAAGCAGGCUGCUCUGUGCCUAGCACAUUCUGCUGCAUCAAUACUGUCUUGCUGCCACCAUCUUCUGACUAGACAGGACAUCCUCCAGGCAUUGUUGGCUCUCCUCCUUGAUCGAGAGAUACUGCUCUGUCCACUUUCAGCUGUCGCUGGCCUGGUGGAAGCUCUCCUGUGGAGCAGAUGGAGUUACAUGGGAUUAAAUUCUUCCCCAGUGUGUCUGUAAUGCCACCUAAGUUCCCACUGAAGGCCUCUUUGGAGUGGGCUUAGUCCUCUCUCUGCUGUGGCACUGGCAUGCUACCCUGGGAGUGGGAGCCUUUCACCAUUGACUGGCUUCACGAAGAGGCUUUCUGUGAUAUGGGGCCUCAUGAGGAACGUUGCACUAAAGGGGGCAUGUCUGGGGUUCAUUUUGGGGCAAAGCGCGUGUGACAAGCCCCAGGGAGGGAGCAGGUGGGAAAGUGUUUGCCUGAGCUGAAUGACUGACUGCAUUUUGUCAUUAAUUAGCCUAUUGCAUUUAUUUUAGUUCAACACCAUGAUGCCAUAAGUCAGGAUUUCCCCAGUGCUCACCUGCUGAUGCUUACUGUGUUGGCACCUUAACGGCAGGGUCUCCAGGCCUGCUGACGCCAAAGACGUGUUAAUUGAAAAAUAUACGCGUGUUCUGAAUGAGUUCUUAAAUUGAUCAGACAGCUUUGUGUCCCCCGUUUGGCUAGUAACUAGCCGGCAGGCCCAUGGCAGGGUGGAACAAUACGGCAGCCCACAUGUAAAGUCACCAAUUUCUAUGUGUGACUCUGAAUGUCUGAGAUCAACUGGGCAAAACACAAAUUCACAUCCUUGCAACCUAAAGAAGUAAGAUGCCAGAAGGUGCGUGAACUUGGAGGUUGAAAUUAAACGUUGUGGUUUCUUUUCAGGUUAACAAGUUCGCCUUUUGCCUGUCUUCUGGUUAAAUUGGCAUCAUUGUGCGUUUCAGCUCUGUGUAACCCAAUCUUUCCUAUGCCGUGGGGAGCGAGGCAUUGUAGCUUCUUGGUUAGUGUUGUGUUGGAGAGCACUGCUGUUAAAGGGGACACAGUUGAUCUUACUCAAUGGGUAGGUGCAAGGCGGUGGUGUGGGAAACCCAUGGUAAUAACAUGCUUUUAACCUUUCCACUGGAUGCAGGCCUCUUGUGGAUGCCUGUUAAAUAUUCCUGCAGGAUUUGUGCAUUGCAGGAUUUGUGCAGUACAGAUUUUUUUUUUUAACAGCACAAAACAUUGGUCCAAUGCUAAAUCCAUCAAUUCUUCAGAAACGGGGGAUGUGAGAGCAUUUAUCCAGAGUCUUUAUGUAGUUUGAGUUCUUAGUGCCUUUUUAUAUAUUCACUGUUUGGAAAGAAAUGAAGUUUAACAGUCAUUGAAGAUUUGUGAAAAUAAAAUCAUAUUUUUGAAACAAUUGUAUAAUGAAAUCUAUAAAAGACAGAUCAGCUGCAGUAUUUUUUAUACUUUAUUCAUUGGGAGACGUGACUUAAUUCUGGUAUUAACUGUGUUAAUUGUAGUUUUCAGUUUAGCCAGUGAGUGAGCAAUGGGUGCUUCGUCCCAGACAGGCCCAGAGUGAUUCUUAAGCACAUCAGAUCCUUGGUCUACCAGUAAAAGACACGUCUCUUUCCCUUUUCAUUCAAAGAUUUUUGGUUGGACUAUGAAGCCAACCAAGCUACCAAAGAUCCAGUUGAGUUUCGUACAUUAAAACGGGGACUUUGCAUGUUUGAAGUAUGUUUUUACCUUGUGAUGAUCUUUGCCUUGGUUUCAUCCCAACAUCAUUUUUAUGCUGGUGUUUUUGUAUGUAUGCUUUUAUGUAUGGAGUAUUUGUUACAGGUAAAUAUAAUUCUGCACCUGAUGCUUA